AAGAAUGGUGGCGAGUGGUAAUCUCUUAACAAAUAAUGCGACCCGUUUCCUCUCCAUCCCUUGUAUGUCUUUGACGCCACCUCUGCGACUCGGUUUCUCCUAUAAAAACACCCAAAUCUUCGUUCCAAUUCCGUGACUCUUAUCGUGAAAACCUUAGAUUUCCAUCUCCGGCGCCGCCAUGCCGGGUCUCGUCGCCCCGCCCGACACUCCACCGCUCCGGAUUGCUGUCCCCAACGACGGCGACUCCCAGAUCCGGCGCCCUGGCGAGGUCAGAUCCCCAAUGCCGAAGAAGUUUUCGACCCCGUCGCCCUCCCCGUCCUCCCGCGCGAGGCCCUCCCCGGACCGGAAGAAGCGGACCCCGGGAUCGUCGUCGGCGGAGAAGCAGCGGCCACCAACGGCGGCGGACGAGGCUGCACUGGACAACCCGGAUCUGGGUCCAUUUUUGCUGAAACUGGCGCGGGACACGAUCGCGUCUGGCGAGGGCCCAGGGAAGGCGCUGGAGUACGCGGUGCGGGCGUCGCGGGCGUUCGAGCGGUUGGGGGAAGGGGCGGCGCUGGAGCUGGCGAUGAGCCUGCACGUGACGGCGGCAGUCUACUGCAGCCUGGGUCGGUACGAGGAGGCGGUGUCGGUGCUGGAGCGGGCGGUGGCGGCGGUGCCGGUGGCCGGAACGGCACCGGAGCACGCGCUGGCGGCAUUCUCCGGGUACAUGCAGCUCGGGGACACGCACUCGAUGCUUGGAAGGUUGGAUCAGUCCAUCGACUGCUACACCAAGGGACUCCAGAUCCAGAUGGAGGAGCUCGGGGAGGGAGAUCCCAGGGUGGCCGAAACUUGCCGGUAUUUGGCCGAAGCUCAUGUCCAGGCAAUGCAGUUUGAUGAAGCGGAGAAGCUCUGCUGCAAGACACUCGACAUCCACCGUGAGCAUAGCCCUCCCGCCUCUCUCGAGGAGGCUGCAGACCGCCGUCUCAUGGCCCUCAUCUAUGAGGCCAAGGGUGACUUUGAUGCUGCCCUCGAGCACCUUGUUCUUGCUUCCAUGGCCAUGAUCGCCAAUGGUCAGGAGACUGAGGUUGCUGCCAUUGAUGUCAGCAUUGGCAACACUUAUCUCUCCCUCGGCCGUUUUGAUGAGGCUGUCUUCUCUUAUCAGAAGGCCCUUACAGUGUUCAAGUCCAUCAAGGGUGACAACCACAUGUCUGUCGCUUCGGUCUUUGUUCGCCUUGCCGAUAUCUACUACAAGAUGGGCAAGUUUCGGGAGUCAAAAUCCUACUGCGAGAAUGCCCUCAGGAUUUAUGCCAAGCCUGUUCCAGGCACCAGUCCUGAGGAUAUUGCUGGAGGUCUGAUGGAAAUUUCAGCCAUUUUUGAGGCGGUGAAUGAGCCUGAGGAGGCAUUGAAGCUGUUGCAGAAGGCACUGAAGCUGCUGGAGGAUUCGCCAGGGCAGUGGAGCACUGUUGCAGGGAUUGAGGCCCAGAUGGGGGUGAUGUAUUACAUGGUUGGGAGGUAUGGAGAGUCUUGGAGCUCUUUCGACAGUGCUGUGGCCAAGCUGAGGGCCAGUGGUGAGAAAAAAUCAGCCUUCUUUGGAAUUGUGUUGAAUCAGAUGGGGCUGGCAUGUGUGCAGCUGUUUAAGAUUAAUGAGGCGGCAGACUUGUUUGAGGAAGCUAGGGCAAUUUUGGAGCAGGAAUAUGGGUCAAGCCAUCCAGAUACUCUUGGGGUGUAUAGCAAUCUAGCUGCAACAUAUGAUGCCAUAGGAAGGGUGGAAGAUGCAAUUGAAAUCCUGGAAUAUGUACUUAAGGUGAGGGAGGAGAAACUUGGAACAGCAAACCCUGAUGUUGAAGAUGAGAGGAAAAGGCUCGCUGAGCUUUUAAAAGAAGCAGGUAGAGUCAGAAAUAGGGAGCCAAAGUCCCUAGAAAAUCUUAUGGUCACUAAUUCGCACAGGGUCAAGGAGGGCACAAGGAGGUGGUCUGCCCUGGGUUUCAAGACUUGAUAGAGAACCGUGUAACAUAAGAAUACGUGUGUAAAGAGAUCAAAAUAGGAAUUUGGUGGUUUCCUGCUGUUUGAGCUUCUACAAUUUUUCCAUUUUUCUUUGUUUUCUGUUUCUUGAAAUGUUUUCAUCUUACCUACAGUUGAUUUACUGAGUAUUUAUGAUGUGAGUGAAGCUGUCUUAUAGUGGAUUCUUCUAUCACCGUGGUGAAUAAAUACUUAGGGGUUUUGUAAAUCA